CAAAUAGAUCUCACACGCAAGGUCCGUAUUAUCACCAUGUAAACACAGUAACUAUUUGUAAAAUGGCCGUCCUAUUUAUUAUGAAAGAUAAUGUGUAAUUUUAUACUAUACAACUUGAUAUUAAUAUUCUUUAAAAUUAAAAAUGGAGGAAAUUAGUGAAAAAGAACAAAAGAAGUCAGAUGAGACUGAAUUUGCAGCGUUGGAAAAAGAUUUUGAAGAAGUCAUCCGAGAGCUAGCUGGUGACAAAAGCUUGGAAAGAUUUCGAGUAGAAUAUGAAAAAUUACAUUAUGCAUUGAAAAAAUCUUAUGAGAGUGAAAAGCGACUAAUGGUAAAAUGCAGAGAAUUGAAUGCAGAAAUAGUUUCAAAUGCUGCCAAAGUUUCUGUUGCUUUAAAGCUUUCAGAAGAAGAUCAAUCUACAAUUUCAUCAUUAAAAAAAGAAAUAGAAAAAGCAUGGAAAAUGGUUGAUGGAGCACAUGAUAAAGAAACAAGGGCUCGUGAAACUAUAAUGGCACUUAAGGAAGAAAUAAGUAACUUAACAAAUUUAGUUGAACACGGGAAUGGAGUUAAUGGGAAUGAGAUGCAGGAACUUCUUAAAGCAAAAGAAAUUCUUACAAAAGAAAGGGACAAUAAAUAUGAGGAAGUUGUAAAACUGCGUAAUGAGCUUGCUAUUGUUUCCGAAGCCUGUGCAAAAGCUGAAAAUGAGAAAUCUGAAGCUUUGUUUAAAAUUUCAGAACUUAAAGAAGAGAUUCAAGUUAAAAGCAAUGAAGGUCAGAGAGAAGCACGAAAAAAAGAAAAGUUGGAACUCGAAUAUCAGCAAGUGAAAUCUGAUGCAGAGUCUAAAAAUAAUGAUCUGAAAUUAAAACAAACCCAACUUCAAAAGCUGCAGGAUGAUUUGAUUCGAUCAGAGCAACAGUUUAAAGAACAAAAGGUCCUUAAUGAGCGUGUCAUAAAAGAUACAGAGCUGUUAAACAAUAGAUUGUUAAAGCUGCAACAGGACUUUGAUGCUCAGUUGUCUGGAUCUGAACUUCUUAUGCAAGAGAACAAUCAAAAAGCCAUUGAACUACGUGCUAAGGAAGAGGAGGUGAAUGCUCUAAAGCAAGAUAGUCUUCGAUUGACACGCCAGCGUGAAGCUAUUCAAAGAAAGUUAAGGACAGUUGAAGAUUUAAAAAUUGAAACUGAUUUUCAUAAAGAAACACUGAAAAAUCAAAUUAAUGCGUUAGAAAAAGAGUUGGAAACUAGCAAAAAACAACAAGAGAUGGAUAAAAAAGCAAUUGAUGACUUUGUAAGAGAAAGAGAUAUUUUAAAUAAGAACUUAUUAAAAGCUGCUGGAUCGACUCAAAAACAAGUUGAUCUCGUUCGCCUCCAUGAGCAGGCAAAAAAAAAUUUGGAGGUUGAAAUUCAAAAUUAUAAAGAUGAAGCAUCAAAACAACGUAAAAUUAUUUUCCAAAUGGAAAAAGAUAGAGAUCGCUACAUUAACGAAGCAAGUGAACUCACACAAAAGGUAUUGUUGCACAUGGAAGAUGUCAAAGUUAGAGAAAUGGAAAUAUUUGAUUAUAAAAAAAAAAUUGCUGAAGCAGAAACUAAACUUAAGCAACAACAGAAUUUAUAUGAAGCUGUAAGAAGUGAUCGUAAUUUAUGCAGUAAAAACUUAGUUGAAUCUCAAGAUGAAAUAACUGAAAUGAAAAGGAAGCUAAAGAUAAUAAAUCAUCAAAUUGAUCAACUCAAAGAGGAAAUUACUUCAAAAGAAACUGUAAUUGUUAAAGAACAUUUAGAACAUCAGAAAAUAGAAAAAGAAAAAGAAUCUUUAAAGGCAGAACUACAACUUUUAAAAAAAGAGGCAACUGAAUCUAAGACAUACAUUGAACAGCAACAAAUUGAAGAAAGAAAACUCACAAAGAUUAUUCAAGAAGCAGAUACUGAGCGUGUAAAACUCAAAAAAGAGUUGGAUCAAGUUAUCAGUGAGCGAGAUAUACUUGGAACCCAGCUUGUUCGCAGAAAUGAUGAACUUGCACUUCUUUAUGAAAAAAUAAAAAUUCAAAAAAGCACUCUUGACAAAGGUGAAAUUCAGUAUCGCCAACGGGUUGAAGAUAUACGUUUGCUUAAACUUGAAAUUAAAAAGUUGCGGCGUGAAAAACACAUAUUAACUAAAAGUGUUGCUAAUGCUGAAGAGCUCCAAAGGGAAAUAUACAACAUUCAACGUGAGUUACUUAGAGAAAAAACCCGCUGUAAAGCUUUGGAGGAAGAGCUAGAAAAUCCAAUGAAUAUACAUAGAUGGAGAAAACUUGAAGGUUCUGAUCCAAGUACCUUUGAGUUAAUUCAAAAGAUGCAAACAUUGCAAAAAAGACUUAUACAAAAGACAGAGGAGGUUGUCGAACGAGAACUUCUUAUUAAAGAAAAAGAUAAAAUUUAUAUCGAGUUAAAACAGAUACUAGCACGACAGCCUGGUCCUGAAGUUGCUGAACAACUAAGUGUCUAUCAACAAAAUCUCAAGGCAAAAACAAAGCAAAUGAAAGUAAUGGCAUCCGAAUUGAAUAUGUAUGAAACCCAAGUCCAAGAAUAUAAGUUCGAAAUUGAAAAGUUAUCACGUGAGCUUCAAGACGUUAAAAAGAAAUACUUCGUUCAUAAAAAGAAAGAAUAUCAACAAAGAGACCGAGAUAAAACUCUUUCUGGUGUUGCGGUCAUCUCUCCACAACGAAACGAUGUUCCAAAAUAUACUGGAGGUGGUUUUAGCUUAAAGCAACAGCCAAAAAUUCAAGCAGUAAUUUGAUAUAAAUUGUAUAUUUUUAUAUUAGAGCAAUAAUUUAUUUUUAA